UUUUAUACGGUUAGUAUUGCUGUUUUGUAUAGAAUUCAGAUAUAUAAGUCGGGCUGUGCGUGGUGUGGUUGCCCUUGGGGAAUAUGCUUUUCGAGAAUGUAUACCCUUUAUUUACAAAUUAAACAUGGAAAAUAUUUCAGAGCUAUUUUGGAAUGAAUUUGCGCUUAGCGCUGUUUUCCUGCACGGUCCUGACGACAUCUAUCUAUAUGAAUGGUUAGAGUUUUUGUGCGGAGGCGAUAAGCUACAGCCGUUUUUAGUGUAUUACGCGCAAUACUUUGAAAAGUUUCUUUCCACACGCUUCCUAAAGCGAAAAAUUGCUACAUUUAAAAUAUAUUCAAAACCCGGUGUUCGUCGGUUAGAGUGGAAUACAUUAGCUGCAGCCAUGUGCCACGGAGACGAUCCAAACAAGGCGCUAAAACCCAAGCCUAAAAUUAAAGAAGUAUUCCCUGACCUAGUAUCACCCAAUCUUCAAUUGAAUCGUGCUGGCAUUAUUCGAUUCAAAUUUGCCGGAUGUCGGCCAGUAAUAUUGAAAUCCAAAGUAGCGGAGAAGAAUCAUAAUUUAGGGCCUAAUACACAUGCUAUUCAAAGUGGUCCCAAUGAUAUCCUUAUAUCCCGCCGAAAAUUGUUCAAACCAUUAACUAACGAGCGUCGCAUUGUACCACUCAGUAGUUAUUAUUAUUUAAGAAUAUAAAUGGGUACUGUCCACUAGGGUUAUGACUCAUUUUUUACAAAAAAUUUUACCUAUCACCACGUGAUAGGCAAUACUAAAUUAAUAAUAAAAAUGGAGUUUGCGGGUCAUUUUGGCAAAAACAUCUUCCGCACCAAAUGCAAUUUCUAAAAACA